GAGGUUCAGGCUCAGUGUUGCUCUGGCCUUUGCGGGGAGAGGACGUGUGUGUGCCGACCCUCUCCCCUCUCUCUCUCCCUCCCUCUCCCCCGCUACUGCUGCUGCCGCCACGAGAGAGACACACACACACACUCUCACUCACUAACGCACACGGAGAAAGGCACGCACGCACGCACGCACGCAGCCAGCCAGCAAAGCGAGCAAGAGUGAAAGAAAAGAAAAAAAAGGAGAAAUAUAAAAAUAAAAACAGAAACACAAGUCGUAGAAAAUAUUUUUAAAAACUCACCCCGACAAGAGGAAAAGAGAGAGAGAGAGAGAGAAGGAAGAGAAAAAAAGAAAGAAAGAAAGAAAAUAAGGCAAACAUUUGAAAUCCAUCGCAUAGUUUUAUCUCCUCCUCGAGUUGAGAAAAUGUUAAGAAAGGAGAAGGAAAAGAGAGAGAGGGACAGGAGAAACUUUAAAUAAUACACCCAUGAAAGUUACACGUACAAUUUUUUUCACAUUCUUUUUCCCCCUUCGUGUUUUUCUUUUCUUUUCUUUUUUUUUCCUUUACUUGGUGCAUGCCUUGGGUGUUCGGGCUGCGCGGAGUGACUGAAGGAUGAAGGAAUGGUGAAGGAUGACCGUGGAUGAGGAACACGAGGCAGCGGAAGUUACCUCAUGACGAAGGAAGGAAGGAAGGGAGGAAGAUGACGACGGGAGGAGAAGAGAAGAAGAGGGAGAGGUAGAGACGAACUAAAAGAUAAAAAGAACUGGAGAACUGGAGAAGAAAUUGUUGUAAGAGAGAGAUAUAAACAACAAAGGACAAAGGGUAAUAUUGCAAUAACAGAUAAAUAAUGAAUAUAUGAUGGGAAAAGCAAUAAUGAUGUGAUAAUUUAAUGGAAAACCGCAAAAUAUCAUAAGUGAAUUACAUAUGAUUUUUUUUUUCGAGUGUGUGAAAGAAAGAAAAAUAAAGAAAAAGGAAGAUAACAAGUGCAAGAUCAUCAUGUGAGGAAAAAGAGAAAAAAGAGAAAGAGAGAAAGAAGAAAAAGUUUCCUCAAAAAUGAUGUUAGUGUUUUUUCAUGUUCUCUGACUCACCUUCUCUAUACAGCGGAACUUCACUAUCAAGAAAGUGAGAGUGAGCGAAAAAAAAGAUAGUGUUGCGUGAAGGUGUUGAUCGGCAGGUGUGUGGCGUACAGGUGUGCUGCGGCCAGGUGUUGAGAUGACAGUGCCUCCUGAUUGGCUGAGAAAGUAACGUUUAGGAUAUGACGUCACGAAACUUCCGCCAAUAGCACACCGCCGCCAGACUGACAGAUGGCGCGGGCAGCGACGGCCGCCGCCGCUCCUCACCUGCUGACGUGGGUGUGGGCGGCGGCGUGGGCGGUGUGGGGCGUGCGCGGCUCCCCACAAAUAGGGCCGUGCACGUUCAAUCACCUGUGCACGUGUAGCUACUCGAGUGACGCGCCCACUGCCGCCUAUACCUACACUUCCGCCCCACCGGCACCUGACCUCAUCACCGAGCUCACCUGCGUCGGCGUCCCCUUCGCCAGGAUCCCAGACAUCCCGCCGGGCCUGGUGAUGCAAAUGGACGUGCUGAACUCAGGUCUCGAGGUGAUCGCCGAGGAAGACUUCGGGGACACGCGCGUCAGCAACCUGAGGCUCAUGUCCAACAACAUCAGACUCAUCGCCGACAAGGCCUUCAGCGGCAUGAGUCAGUUCCUGCAAAGUCUGGACUUGAGUCACAACGAACUCACCAGCGUGCCGCGCGGAGCUCUCACCCCCCUCAACUUUCUCGAGUGGUUCAACCUGCACGGUAACCACAUCGCGGAGCUGGUGGAGGAGGACUGGGUCGGGCUGCGGGGACACCCUGACGACGCUCUUCCUCGGCGACAACGACAUUGACCAUGUGCCGCGCGACGUGUUCUCCCCGGUGCAAGCGUCUGCUACGCCUCAAC